AUGCUUCCUUUGCAUGAUCGCAGCUUGUCGAUCUUCGUUGUUACUGUUGUUUUUCUGGGAAUCUCAUUUAUUGCUGUUUGUCUGAGAUGUUUUGUUCGACUCAAGAUUGUCAAGGCAUUUGGGUGGGAUGAUGGGUUGAUGGUUUGUGCUUUGCUACUGAAUAUACUUUUCGCGCUAUGUGGAAUCACCGGCGCAUUAUAUGGCAUUGGCCAGAGACAGAAGGUACUUAUUGAGAAAGGCACAAUGGAAACCGCGAUGUUUUGGUGGUGGCUUGGUCAGACCAGUUACGUCUGGGUCUGUGGAAUGGCAAAGAGCUCAAUUGCUCUAGCCUUGCUUCGUCUCACCGUCUCUCGCGUGCACAGAAUGAUCCUUUGGUCUGUCAUCACUGUAACGGUGAUUGUUGGCCUAGUCUUCUGGUUCAUGUUGACUCUUCAAUGUCAUCCAGUCUCAUACUUCUGGCAACGGGCUCGGACAACGCCUCCUGCAGGAGACUGCAUGAGUCUUGACAGCAUCAUCAAUGUCGCCUAUGUUUACAGUGUAACUGCAACAUGUUGUGACCUAACACUAGGCCUUCUUCCUAUAUUCCUCGUGUGGAAUCUACAAAUGAAUACCCGUACCAAGGCCGCGCUAGCCAGUAUCUUGGGCAUGGGAUGCGUUGCCAGCGCAGCUGUCAUCAUUCGCAUUCCCUAUCUCCACGACUACAAGGCCACGGAUUUUCUGUAUGCAACUGCCAACAUCUCAAUCUGGUCAAAUGUCGAAGCCAGCCUGGGUAUUGCGGCAGGUAGCCUUGUUACGCUCCGUCCUCUUUUCCGAUGGUUUCGGGACCCCAGCUCUGUCGGUACUCGAAGCAAGCGAACCGGUGGUAGUGUACCACUUGAUAGUGUAAAUGUGGGACGGUCGGGUGAUAGAUCAGGGCCAAGAUACUGGCGACCUGAUAUCGAUGAUGAGGAUUCUCGUGCGGUCGUUACAACUAUUCAUACCUCGAAUCAUGAUAGUCGCACGAGUAGCCAGGAGAAUUUGAAUCCCAAACAAGGUCAUGGGACAUUCUUUAGUGGUGUUAAUGUGCAGAAGACUUUCUUUGUCUCGGAGGAGGAGCCUUGA